UGCUGCAGUGGGUUAGCUCACGUUCCAGUUAGUUAUCGUCAUCAGCCCCUCCAAAGCUACCCCGCCAAAGCAACACGCCCAAGUUCCCAUCCCCAAGCUGCCCUUGCCCAAACCGACAAGUCGCGCACCAGAUCCGCGAGGAUGGAGCACGACCCCAAACUUCCGGCCUACUCGACCGGCGACCCCACAUCGUUCGCGUACCCGACUGCGCGGGAGCGAUGGCCCAUCAUCAUCACUCAAGCCAUUGACGAUGCCUACCGCACGGUCGCCUCCUGCAACGACGCCGAGAAGGAGGCCGAGGGCAAGAAGAUCGUGGCCGAACUCGCGCAGCUCAAGUACGAGGUGCAGCACGACCGCGCCUUGACGCCCAUACGUGACGAUGGCUACCCCGACGUGGCCGGCUACAACAAGGAGCUCGAGCAGCUGGGACCCGUCACCUGGCUGAACGCGCCGUGGCUCUUCACCGAGUGCUAUCUCUUCCGCCGCAUGUCCACCUCCUUCACGCUCUCGACGCACUGGAAGUCCUACGACGUCUUCGCCCGCCAAAAGAUCAGCACCUUCCGCUCCUCGCGGCCGGCCGUCCUCGAGCUCGCCGCGCGCUACAAGGACCUCGUCACACAGCUGCGCAACCCCCAAGCCGCGCACGACCCGGAGGCCGACCGCCUGCUGUUCACCGAGAUGUGCGAGGUGUGCCUGUGGGGCAACGCGACGGACCUGUCGCUGCUGACCAGCCUGACGUACGACGACAUCCAGCGGCUGCAGGGGUCCGAGGCGCGGCGCCGGGCCGAGAAGAACAUCCUCAUCAACGACCUGCCGCGCGUGUACGACCACCUGCUGGCCGCCAAGACCCAGACGCAACAGCGGGCGGCCGCCGACCGCCGCGUCGACAUCGUGCUCGACAACGCCGGCUUCGAGCUCUUCGUCGACCUGAUCCUCGCCGGCUACCUGCUGACCGCGGGGCUGGCCACCACCGUCGUGCUGCACCCCAAGUCGAUCCCCUGGUUCGUGUCGGACGUGCUGCCGGCCGACUUCGCCGCGCUGCUGAACGCGCUGGCCCGCCCGCGCGAGUUCUUCGAGACGCCUGCCGACGGGGACGCCCUGCUCGGCCGCGCCCCGCCGUCGCCGCUCACCGACGCCCAGGUCGAUGACCUCGCCUUUUUGUUCGCCGAGUGGAGCCGCUUCCAUGCCGAGGGCCAGCUCGUGCUGAGGCCCAACCGCGUGUGGACUGGCCCCGGGAGCUACUGGCGCUUGCCUCGGGAGGCGGAGGCGCUGGUGGCGGAUCUGAGGGAGGGCGUGCUGACCGUGUUUAAGGGGGACUUGAAUUAUAGGAAGUUGGUGGGCGAUGUGGCCUGGGACCCGACCACGCCGUUCUCCGAGGCGCUGGGCCCGCUGGGGCCGGGGUCCGGGCUCAACGUGCUGGCGCUUCGGACGUGCAAGGCCGACGUGGUGGUGGGGCUGAAGCCCGGGGAGGACGAGAAGCUGAGGCAGACGGACGGUGGCGGCGGCGACUCCGGGGCGCGGAAGUGGGCGUGGAACGGGAAAUGGGCGGUGGUGUCCUUCUGCAAGGGGACGUGAUGUUCGUCCCUCCGUCCGCCCGGCCGUCUCUCCCGGGGAAGCAGCGCCGAAGGACGGCGCUGCGAUGUGGGUUGCGGAAUUUCGAAGCAUAUAGACGGGGCUGAAUUCCCCCAUGUUGAUAUCAGAAUUCAGGUAAACUGCUCUAGACCGCUGGUGUCACCCGCCCGUGCGUCGUGUGGCAGGCUGAACGCGGGUCUGGCUCCGAGACAUCCCAGCUGAGAACUGUCCGAGGUAGGAUCCUCAGCCGCUUUGUGAUACCGUACCAUGUCCGCGUUCACAAACCGGCGCACGCAGCCGCCCGCGCCUGACCAGCUGCAACGGCGUUCCGGAUGUCCC